UACCGAAUGAAACACUGUUUGUUUACUUUUUGGCGUAUUAAAAAGCGAUAGUAGUUGUAGACAAAUAAAGAAUUUCUUAUUCUAGAAUUUACUUUAAAUUUUAAAUUAGAUUAAAGUACUACCAGAAUAUUAAAAAAGCUAUAAUAUAAGACUAUACAUGAUUCUAGUGACGUGCGGAUUGAGUUUAUCUUUUUACAUUCAGAUUAGUUAUAAAUCAUAUCACGUGCAAAAUCUUAUCAUUUAGUUUAAGAUUAAGAAGUAUAUUCAUCAUUUCGUAAACGGUAUUCAUUAGUGGUCAGAAUGAAUAUCCCAGGUUCCACGGAUAUUAUUAUACUUGCUGGAAAUUCACAUCCAGAUCUUGCGCAAAAGAUUGCUAGCCGUCUUGGAAUUCGAGUUGGAAACUGUUCUGUUAUCCAUGCAGCUAAUCGAGAAACCCUGGUGGAUAUUGGAGAAUCUGUGCGGGGAAGAGAUGUAUACAUUUUGCAGACAGGAACGAAAGAUGUUAACAAUAAUAUAAUGGAACUAUUAAUCAUGGCCUAUGCUUGCAAAACAUCUUGUGCCCGCAAGAUAGUUGGUGUUGUACCUUAUUUACCUUAUAGUAAGCAGAGUAAAAUGAGAAAACGUGGCUGCAUUGUUUCAAAGUUGCUUGCCAAAAUGAUGUGCAACUCAGGUUUAACACACUUGAUUACAAUGGAUCUUCACUCAAAAGAAGUUCAAGGUUUUUUUGAUAUCCCUGUGGACAAUUUGAGAGCUUCGCCUUUCCUCCUGCAAUAUAUUCAAGAAAGUAUACCAGAUUACAGAAACGCAGUGAUUGUUGCAAGAAAUCCAGGAUCGGCAAAAAAGGCAACUUCAUAUGCUGAAAGACUUAGGCUAGGUAUUGCUGUUAUCCAUGGUGAGCAAAAGGAAUCAGAAUCGGAUAUGGUUGAUGGCAGGUACUCACCUCCUCCUGCUGUAUCAGCAAGUAGGACAAUGGAUGUUGGACUUGACAUCAUGCCAGUGCUUGCAGCUAAAGAGAAGCCACCUAUUAAUGUAGUUGGUGAUGUUGGUGGAAGAAUUGCCAUCAUGGUGGAUGAUAUGAUAGAUGAUGUAGAAUCCUUUGUUAUGGCUGCUGAAGUGCUGAAAGAACGAGGAGCUUAUAAAAUAUAUGUUUUGGCAACUCAUGGUCUUCUUUCAUCUGAUGCUCCUCGAUUGCUUGAAGACUCUCCUAUUGAUGAAGUUGUUGUUACUAACACAGUUCCUCAUGAAGUCCAAAAAAUGCAGUGCCAUAAAAUCAAGACUGUCGACAUUAGUGUCCUACUAUCAGAAGCCAUACGACGCAUCCACAACAAAAUGAUGGAACGAAUUGCAGCAACUGAUUCAGAAAGCAUUCUCUAAGUAUUUACUUCUGUGUUCUGUUUAUAUAAAAUGUUUUCCUUCUUAUUUUAAAAUUUUCUCUGAAAUGUAAAUAAAUAGAAAUGUUCAUAUUGCUUUGCUUCUGAAGAUUAUUUUGUUUGAAUAGAGAAGUAUGUUUAAAUAGUUUUCAAUUAUAUAUAUUUUUGUGUGUGAGUUGUACAUAAUCAAGUUACAAAUUUAAACUUUUAAAUUUUUAUUUGUAGACAAUAUUUGAAAAUAAAUUUUAUGAUUGUGA